UCCUCUUCAAAGUGUGAAUUAGUUAUAGUAGUGAAGAAGUAUAUGCUCGGGUGAUGUUGCUGCUGGUGUUUUUAACCCUGGUUUCGCUGUGCAGAGCCUGGGCCUCCCCGUCCUGUGCCCGGACCCAGGGCUUUCCGCAGGAACAAGAUUAUCUUAGAUUUCAUACUGAUUUAUGUGAAGAUGACCUCUUUAGAAGAUGUAUCACUUCAACUGAACAAUAAGAUAUCUUCCAUCAAAAGACUGCUGCAGCUGAAGAGCAUGGGUAAUGACCCUUCCCUUACAACAAUGCUCCAGAAGAUUGGAUUGGAGUUAGCUAGCAUUCAAAAUACUUUACAUACAUUUCAAGCACUGAUACAGCAGCAACAAACUGAAAUGAAAUCCCUUAAGGAUCUGAAAAAUUCAGUUCAGAAGAAUUCUGAAGUAGCGCAUCAUUUACUGGAAAAUAUUCCAGCUCAUCUUCCUAGGAAAGCUGCUCAGAGCGGUACAGAAGAUCCAAAAGAUGAAAAGGUUCAAGGGGAUCCUGUUCAACCUGUACCUGAAGAGAAAUCUGCCAAGUCUAAACAUGUUGUUCGUGAAAUAGAGUACCUCUUAAUGGAGGAAUUUAACCAUGUUCCUGGGUACAUGAAAGGUCGUAUGACCUAUGAUCAAAUCAAUGCUGUCAUCCAUGAGCUGAAUGCCACUGUGAAAGCGAAGUACAAGAUCCUAAACCAGUCAUUGAAAUCCAUGAGUAACAUCGCUCGUAAUCAGUAUAAUACUUUUAAAGAACAGGAAACCAAGGAAACAAAAGGUCAGUAUUUCUUUGUAGAAGCUGACAUAAAGGAAUUCACGCGUCUUAAAGUUGACAAGAAACUUCAGGGAAUCUUCAAUAUUCUGCGACAUUGUCACCGAUUGCGAGAGGUCCGGGGGAAUCAUCUUGUGCGUUAUGUGCUACUUUAAGGGGAUUGUGAAUUGCGUUGGUAUUCUUCGGACACAUGAAUGCUAAAUACUAAAAGAACAAUUUGCCAAUCAUUUUGCAGUAAGGAAAAUGUAUUGGAUUUAUUAUCGUUUCUCUAAGUGGUUUUCUGCUGAGGAGUGAUGGCAGUCUAUCAAAUCCCUGCCUGUUCUGAAGAACUGUCUAAAGCUUUUUUAAAUAUAUGUAUAUAUUUUUUUCCUUUUAACCACCCCACUUCUGAUAUCCUAAUAUCAUACAUCACCUUAAUGGCUUUUCACACACUUCCACCCAUAUAUCUGAACUGAAAUCAACUUCUUUCCACUGUUCCUUUUUAUAAUUAAAGAUGGAGCUUGAAUUAGCUGUCCCAAGUCUAGGAAAUGUAAUCUAAAAGUGAUGUAAGCCUUGAACCUUUCUGUAGAGGUUGGCAAAAAAUGCACAGAUGAAGUACGAAUAAAAUUUCCUUUCAUCUUGUGGCUUUGUUUAUAUUUAAAUGAAUAAUACAAACUUCAGUUGCUAUCUCUGCGUAACAACACAAAGCAAAAGGAUAUUUAGUCUUGUAUUUAUGCAUGUAAACUGAAUUUAAACUGAGUAUACUGAAUUUACUGAACUUCUGUCUACUAUUGUUGAGAUGUGCUCUUUAUUAUGAUUCCAGAGUUUUUAGCAAGAUCUACAGUACCUGAU